GAACAACAGCAACAAACAUCCACUUAUGGCUUCUCCGCUUCUUCGCUCAAGGUCAGCACUGCGAACCGUCCUUGGGCCACAGACCCGUCAACGAUCAUUAUGUCUGCCAAAGCCAGCACAAGCAGAACCUGUCCCGUUGUUGACUGAGGACAACUUAUUUCAUCCGUUCUCGAAAUCUCCGUUCCCUGCAGUACGUGCUCGGGGGGAAGCUAUACAGUCACUGGCCACAUGUCCCGUGUGUGCCUCAGGUCAUAGUAAUGCUCAUGCGCACCCGAAAUCGCAGCCUCUCGCAGUGAAAUUUGAAUGUCCCGACUGUGGUUUCCCAACACAUUGCUCGCAGGAGCAUUGGAUGGCUGAUCAAGAGCACAAAAAAUAUUGUUCUAGACUUCGGGAAGUCAACGAGGAUGAACAUGAUCUCCGAAGUGGUCGAAAAUUGCACGAAUUUCAGAUGCCUGGACCACAGGCUUACGAGGAGGCUAUAUCAUUCGCGAAUUGGGACGUAUUUUGGUAUACACGCGGAUUUCCCUCCAUGGACACGGAACGUUCGAGAAGACAUGCCAGCAAAAUUCUUACCUAUCCACUUACUAUUGGUUCAAUUCUUCAUCAAAAUAGUGGACUGACUUUAAGCAACCAACGAGUUACACCUGAGGGAAGCCGCUCACUUGCAGCACUGCGCACUACGCUGCAUGUCCCUCCUGGAGCACCUGACACAGAGGAGGCUGGUGCCGCAAAACCUCAGAUGCGCAUAUUCAUCCUCGGCGCUCGCGCCGAGUCAUCUUUGCCACCGCAUGCCUGGGAGCAACUUUGCAUGUUGUUCCCGUCCUGUCAUUUUCACCUCUUCUUUAUUGGACCACAAGUCUCUUUGCCAAGACCGGCUAAUUCUCCCCCUCCGAAGCCUCCCAACGAAUCUGUAACGAAAGAGGAUACCAUCACCGGCGAAUCUGCGGCAGAAAACGUCUCCACGACACGCACAUCCACUGACACUGCCAAGCAGCAGGAGGAGGAUAUACCAGUGUAUGUGCCGAAUGUCUAUGAACCUCCAACACCGGCACCAAUCGCGCGCCUUAAGCGCACACGAUCAUCAGUCGAACUCUACGGGAUUCCCUCCUACACUGUUCCUUACACCCCUCAGCUGACCAUCACUGGACUGCAAGCGAAUUACGCUGAAGUCCACGCACAGUUUCAGGAUACCUUCGAUCCCUACACAGACGCCUUCUUCCUCUUCUCCCCUGGUUUUGGCUUCCCGUCGCCUAAUUCUGUAUCCGAAUUAGAUGGCAAGCCUUACUUGCAAGUAGCUUCCCCAACAGAAUGGGGCCCUGUUGUACCAGCCCUACUCGCAACUCGUUGUGCCAUCUUUGUGACAGGUUUUUCCCCUGCGGACGUUGAGAGAGAUAUUCGUUCCAUCGAGACUGCACCAGACGUCGCUGGUGAGUUCGAGUGGGUGAUUACUCCGGGAGAGAAUGCAUUUGGCAGUGAAAAAUGGGAGGUCGCAGACUUUGAUCCUAGGGUCAUGGUGAAGACUAACUGGGGUGUUUGGGGCAUCAGGGGCAAGGGCCGAGAAGUGAGAGAGCGUAGCUCUUUUAGCUUAUUCUAGAAUGUACUUCUCGGCACUAUGGUUAAUCUACUCGGACCACAACUCCAGACGUUCGUUCCGAAAAAACCCGAUUGCAG